AUGAAGACUGCUUUGAGCCUGAAAGUUAUCAUUGUCGGGGCAGGCAUUGGCGGUCUAACUUGCGCCAUUGCUUGCCGGCGAGAAGGUUUCGAGGUCGUGGUUCUCGAAAGAGCAAGCAGGAUCGUACUGAUGGGUGCUGGCAUGCAGAUACCGCCCAACGGCGUGAAAGUCGCGCGGCAGCUGGGCUUCCUGGACAAGCUACAACAGGUGGCGAACACGAUAGAGGCUGUAGAGCUCCGCCGAUACGACAAUGGCGAGCAGCUCUGCGAAGUCACCGAAGAGCAGUGUCGGAAGGAAUACGGCGAUCCGUGGAUGGCCGUCCACCGCGCCGAUUUCCACAACGCGUUGUGGCGGACGUGUCAAGAGCUGGGAGUGAGCCUCGACCUGAAUAUGGAAGUCGAGAGGAUCGACUUUGAGAACGGUACCGUGUACAUGGAGGACGGGGACGAGAUUUCCGGCGAUGUCAUCAUCGGCGCCGACGGCCCUCAGUCCGUCUGCCGCGCGCAGCUCCUCGAUACGCCUUCGCCGCUGAUUGACACGGGUGAUGUUGCCUAUCGGGCGGUGCUCCCACUCGAGUAUCUCAAGGCCCUGAACGACUCCCGGGUCGACAACCUCUGCGCCCAGAACAAAGUCAUCACAUGGCUGGGCCCGAAUCAACAUGCAGUCCUUUACUCGGUUCGAGGAGGGCAAGAAUACAACCUCAUACUGAUUCGGUCAGAUCAUGGUGAGCCCGGGGACCCGCACCAGGGUGGCGAUGCGGGGGAGAUGAGGGACUACUUCGCCGGGUGGGAUGAGAUACUGAACAAAAUCUUGUCUUUGGUACCGCGAGUCCAGAAGUGGAAGAUCUGUACACCACCAAAGGUUGACACAGCAAUUAGGGGCGGUUUUGCCAUCCUCGGUGAUGCUUUUCACUCGAAUCUUCCAUACCAAGCGCAAGGAGCAGCAAUGGCCAUGGAAGACGGCGCCUUCUUAGGCAAGAUCCUUGGCCUGGCCAGAGGAUAUGUGCUUAGUGGUCGUGGGGAUGCCUUGGAUGCGGAUUCUUCCGAGACACAGCUUCGAGACAAGCAUGAGGGAGAUGUCGAUUUGAAGAAACUCGUUCCCGCUGUGCUGGAGGGAUACGGGGCGGCGCGAGGCACGCGAGCAUCUGACGCUGUACGCGGCGAGGGUCGCACGGAGCCGGUCCGGAAAUGGUUUCAUCUGCCCGAUGGGCCCGAGCAAGAGGCAAGGGAUGCCGCGUUAUCGCAUACCGACGUGAGAGACAGGUCCGCAUGGCGUGAUGACUGUCUCUCCUUGCUCGGGUACGAUGUUGUUCAAGAAGCUGAAAAGGUCACUGCAGCGGUCUUGGAAGUACGAUAG